AUGCGUCAUACGGUAACAGUAGCACUAACAACAACAACAACAACAACAGCAAGAACAAUAAUCCCAGCUGUUUGCACUAUCAUUCAUUAUUGUUUCUUCUUUAUUGUUAUUGUUUUUGCUCAAUUAAUCGAUGCUGGAAGUUCGAGACAAAAAAUUCAGAAAGUACCAUCAGCUCCGAGAGAUAUGGAAGUUAUGUUGGUUAAUGCAUCAGCGGUAAAGGUAAGUUGGGAGAAGCCAUUAUAUGCAAAUGGUGAUAUCAUCGGAUAUUAUGUUUAUAAGGAUCGAUUAUUAAAUGGUGAACCGAUUAAUGAUAAAUUACAACGAGCUAUCAUUUAUGAUCAACAUAAAACACAUACAUUGAUCACUAAUCUCGAACCGAAUACGGAAUAUUCAUUCCGGGUAAAUGCUUUCAACAGACAUGGUGACGGUGAAUUUAGUGCAAGCAAAAAAAUUCUUACCGGUGGAUUGCCUCCAUCAGAACCACAAACUCAUUCCGUUAAUUUGCUGAAUGAUGAAGCUCCGUUACGGGCACGUGUUGACUGGAAACCACCAAAAUUCACGUAUAAUUUACCAAUCAAUAAAUAUAUCAUUUGGUAUAAACCAUUCGAACACAUCGAUGCGCGCAAAGUUGAAGUGCCUGGCACACAAAAUUUUGCUAUACUUGAUGUUAUGGGACGAUUGUACGAAAUUAAUAUAGCAGCGGAAAAUGAUGAUGGCAUAGGCGUGAAUGCAACAGAAUGGUUAACAACACCGGUUGGAGUACCUGAAGCUGAACCACUUAACGUACGCUAUGAAAUUAACGCUGAUCAGGUAGGAGAAAUAUGUGUUUUGUUAACUAGAAGAUAG